CAGGUCAGACUGUAGUCUACAGAGAAACAGUCUAUGAGACAUGAACUCCUGCAGUCUCUCUGUAGGGGUUAUGUAGCUUUAUGUGAACAGUGAGGAGACUUUCAUUAAGCUCAUGCCUUCGCCUACAGACUUCUUAAAGAAGUAUUGGGUGACCUACGUUCCUGUGGUGGUGAACAUGACUGCGAGUUCUCCAGAAGAACAAAUGCUGUAUUAUUACAGUGCUCCAGUACAUGUGGUGCCUCCUCAGCAGUACUCAGUCCAUCCCACAGGAUUCAAUACAUGCUACACUCUACUCCCUGAACCUACUACCCCAACAAAUGUGUCUGCUGCAGGGAUGUUCUACUAUAAUGAUCAGGCCGUGUACAACCAGACUCCAUUCCCAAUGGUCCCUCCACUGCAGCAACAUCCAUCUACCAAGAGGAAGAGGAAAACGAUGAACAGCUUGAGAGUUAUUCAGUAAAAUCAGCUGCAUUAGAUGACGCUGAAAAGUCUACCUCUUCAGCUGAGCCCGGUCCUGCACAAGCCGUCACACCAAAGCCAGAUAAAACAGAGCCUGUGCACGUGCCCCCAGAGGUUCCAGCUUCUGCUCUAUUCACCAUCGAUGAGCCGAAACAGACACGGCUCCUCGUCCUGACGACUCCCAAUCGCUCAGAGAGGAUAAGCCAGAGCUCGCUUUCCAGCAGUCUGACUUUGACCUUGAGCCAGUCUCAACCACAGUCGAGAAUUCCAGUGUGUCUCCUGUGAUUGUGGAGCAUC